CUGAAAGAAGAGAACGCCAGUUUGAGAAGCAAGAUCAAUAAGCUUCAGAUUUUCUCUGAAACUCAAGCAGACAAAAUGAGGAAGCUUGAAAAAAAGCUUGAGGAAAACAAAAUUAAAGAAGAAAAAGAAGCGCAGGAUUUGGAAGCAAUGGUGCAGCACGUGGAACAAAAUCUCCAGCUGAUGACUAAACGAGCUGUUAAAGCAGAAAACAGUGCUACAAAACUGAAACAGGAAAACGCGUUACUUCAGGUUCAGCUGAAGAAUUACAAGACGGAGAAUGAAGCCUUGAGGUCGGGCCAGUCGGCGAGUCUGGCCGUGGUGAAACAAAACGCAGACAUUGCCUUACAGAACCUUCUCACGGUCAUAACGAACUCCCGCUCGUCAAUCAAGCAGCUGGUCUCUGGAGCAGAAUCACUGCAGCUCGUCGCUGAUCUCCUUAAAUCAAUAGACAGAAUUUCUGAAAUGUCAGAAGAUGGACAGUAG